AUGAAGCAUCUAGUGUAUUGUCAUGCAAAUCUUAUCAAAGAAGAGAGAGCAAUUUGUACCUAUCAUAUGAGGGAGGCUGUUGUUGUGGGUGAGGGGAUGAAGAAAGUGGAAUUUGUUGUGUACUUUAAUUCAACUGAAUUUUGUGUGCUCAUUGAGAGAUCCAUAUAUGAGGUGCCAAAUAAAGACAUUGUUUUGAGAUGGAGAAAAGACUUGGAAAGUGGCUACACAUGCAUUCCAACCACAUAUACUAACUUUGGCUCUUCUCUACAUCCAAAGUUGCAUGAUAACUAUCACAACACGUUGGAUGAGAUCCUAGAACUUGCUACCAAUGAUGAUGGUAAACACAAAGUGAUUCAACUUGGGUUGAUGAAAAUCAAUAAUGAAGUGAGAACAGUUCAAUCAAGUAGUGCGAGUAAUGUGCCAUGUACUAGUACUUUACCAUCUUCAAGUAGUACUUUACCACCUUCCCAUACUUCACCAAAAAAUCCACCUCGUAUCAAUACUACAAAAGAAAGCAUGACUCACAAGGUACUCAGUCCUUUGUUUGCUCGCCGAAGAGGCCGUCCAUGUAUGAAAUGGAAAGUUAGCAAGGUUAAUGCAAUAGUGAAUCGGUUGAAGGGAAAGAAUAAGAAGGCUAAUCCGGUACAGGGUCAGAAGGUGUCUCCAAGUCAACCUUACUAUUUGCCUUGUAUGGAUGCCACACAAGACAGUAUGUAUGCACCGGUACCGGUUAGCACAAUUGGGGACGAUAUUGAAAGCACAUCUCAUACUCAAGCUGGAAUGGUCAACAAUAUUAGCAGUCAAAGUUCGACAGUAUCAUCAAAUUUUGUUGACUUGAACAUCGAUGGGGAUCCGAAUGUCCUGUUCAUUCAAGAUCCUUCAAUAGAUUUCUUGAAACAGAUUUCAGGUUCAACGGAUUCAACAGAUUUCUUGAAAGCAAUUACAGGUUCAACAGAUUUCUUGAAAGAAACAGGUUCAUUCAAGGUCCUUCAACCUGUGUGUAUGCUUCUUAUUGAAGCCAACAGAUUCUUGAAAUAUUCAUCUCAAUAA